CGGGUGUUGCCGUGGCAACGGUAACCUCAACGUAACGUCCGUAGAUUUAAAAAGCUGCAGGUGCCUGAGUCCUCCCGCAGAGGACGAGACCCGUAGAAGAAGAAAUGCUCGGAGUCAAACACGCGGAUUACUAAACAAGUUGGACUUCACAGAGAGAAGAAGGAGAAGAAGGAGAAGAAGAAGGAGAAGGAGGAGAAGAAGGAGAAGAUGGAGUUCCAGGCGACGGGGACGGUUCGCUCCACACCGAGUCGACACGAGAAAAGUUUGGGGCUCCUCACGAUGAAGUUUGUGAGUCUGCUACAAGAAGCUAAGGACGGAGUCCUGGACCUGAAGGUGGCUGCAGACAGUUUGGCAGUGAAGCAGAAGAGGAGGAUAUAUGACAUCACAAAUGUCCUGGAAGGUGUGGGGCUGAUUGAGAAGAAAAACAAGAAUAUUAUCCAGUGGAGGGGCGAGAACACAGGAAGCCAAACUCAAGAGAUGCUGGAGCAGGUCAAGGUUUUGAAGGCACAGAUCUCUGAGCUAGAGGCCCAAGAGAAGGAGCUGGACAAGCAGAAGGCCUGGCUGGAGGAAAACAUCAAACACCUGAACCACGUUCCCAUCACCAGCACUUACAAAUUUGUGACACAUGAAGACGUCUGCAAUGCCUUUAGCGGCGACACUCUUCUUGCUGUUGUGGCUCCUGCUGGGACGCAGCUGGAGGUUCCAUUACCUGAAAUGGGCCAGAGCGGUCAGAAGAAAUACCAGGUGAAUCUACGCAGCCACUCGGCUCCCAUCCAGGUCAUCUUGAUCAACAAAGAUUCAGACUCUUCAAUACCAGUGGUCUUCUCUGUGCCACCGACCGACGACAUCUGUUCGAUGCCAACCCCACCGAGCACCCCCGCCAGCCUGCAGAGGUUCCACCUCUCCACGUCUGUGUACUCCACCUCUAACACCACCUCCUCCUACUGCAGCCAGGACUCCCUCUGCUCAGACCACCAGAUGGUGCUACCAGAACUUGAUGAAGUGCUGACAAUGUCGUCCACCCCUCCUGAUGUGCAGAUGGAGUGUCAGCCUGUGGCGGUGUUUGAGCAGCAGCAGAUGGACCUGGCGGGCUCGGAGUUCCAGUCUGUGCUGGACGUGAGCAGCCUGCUGAAGGUCAGCUCUGCUGGAGGCCCCAUGAAGGACGACAGAGACAGUGCUGUUGAUCUCAUCGAUGAGCUAAUGUCUGCUGAUGGGAUGGACUACAGCUUCAAUCUGGACGACAGUGAGGGGGUGUGUGACCUGUUUGACAUGCAGAUCCUAAAUUACUGACGGCUGAUAUUGGACUCUCCUGUGAGCUUAUAUAAUCUGUGAAGAUGCUUCAAACACACCUUUGCUCAUUUUUGUUAUAGUUGCACAGCUGAUACUUAAAAAAAAAAGAAAAAAGCAUCCCGCACACUUAAGACUUCAACACUGAGUACAAGAAUACUUUAUUUACUACACUGCCUCAGUCAACAUAAAACAAAGUGCCUGAAUGAAAAAACCUUAAUAUAUUUACUGAGCCAAGAUUCAAAAGUUUUUACAAGUGGCAAGUUGCAACAUUGCACAGGGAAGUUUGGUGCCUUACUGGAAGAAAUCCAGGACAGAUCCUGUAGCAUCCUACUGAUUCAUUUCCAUGUGAAGUUUGUAUUUUUCCACAUCCGCUGGAAAGAUACUUGAAGACAAUAGAUUUAUUUCCUGUAGUUUAUCAACGUUUGUGACUGUGACAGUGUUUUCCGUCAGAGGACAUUUACAGUAACAUGUUCAGUAUUGGCUUUUUUCUAAUGUUUGAUACAGGGUUCAUGAUCUAGUUCAGGGUAAGUAUGUUUGUUUUCAAGGAAACCAUACUGUGUUAACAGAUUUAUAGUUAUGUCAUAUUGUAUUUAAAGAGUGAAUGCUUUGGUUACUUUUUGUAACCUUGUUCUUGUGAAAAAUGCCAGAAGGUUUUCUUUUCUAUUGUGUCACUGCCAUUUUAGGCCUCUUGAGUUUUUUUGUUUAAAAAUAAUAUUUCGAUUAUUUUACAUUUAUAUAUUUGAGAUUUUUUUUUUUAACUUAAUUUAAGAAAAGACAAUUCUUUGCUCUAAUUUGAAACUGAAGCUGGUUGACUGCCUUAAUUGUAAUUUAGAAAGUUAAUUAUCCAUGUUUCUCAUCUGACACAAUAAAUAUUACAAGCCUUGUGGCUUUUUGAAUAUUUAUAUAUUUUUUUUAAUUACAAGAAGCCAUGUUUUUGUUGCGUUUUG